AUGACUGCAGCGGAGAAGAAGAAAGCCAAGAAGGCCAAGAAGCAGCAGCAAAAGAAAUCCGUGGACAUUGUCAGCCACGUCGGUCCAGAACAGCAGGAGAACGAAAUAGCUCUUGAAGCCCCGCAGACCAAGAUCGCAGCCCCCGAUCUUACAGAGUCUAACGCUGAGGCCACUGCCAAUGUUGAGAAGGUUGCUGCCUCGGGCCCGUUGACAGAAGAUGCACCGACUAUAUCUGAACCUUCACCUGAGCUCACCACGGAUACCAAGCUGGUGACCAAAGAGACCGUGCCUGAGCCUGCACCAGUCGAUACUCCUACUGCCGAGAGUGUCCAGGAAGAGAAACAAGAGAUCCCAACAGCAGCUGAGCCAGCCUCAGAGUCUAAAGAAGAAGUCGUUCCCAAACCCACUGCGAGUGACACGGCUGUUCCUGAAAACACUGUCUCGGAUGCUGCAGUUGAAGAGCCAAUGGCUCCUGAGCCCAAGGAAGAUGCUCCUGCAGAGGAGGUUGAACUUCCCAUGACCGCCGCUCAGAAGAAGAAGGCUAAGAAGGACAAAAAGAAGCGGCAAUCUCUAGCUUUCGCUGAAGAGUCUCAACCUGACACCCAACCGGAGCCGGUCAUAGAAGAGCCCGUUGAAUCUGUUCCUGCUGAAAGUUUUGCUGAGCCUGUUUCUGAGGAGUCUGCUCUUGUCGAGCCCGUCCUAACACCUGCUCCCACGGACAAUAUAGAGGGUUCCGCUUUCGUCGACCAGCCCGCUGCUGAAGACGCGGCCAAAGACGACCAUGCAGAAAAAGGCCAAGAAGGAGAAAAAAAGCGUCAGUCUAUGGGCCUCGAGGACCUUGAGUCUGAGCUGCAGCCCGAGCCGACGAAGGAGGACGAGCCUGCUUCGACCGAGCCUGCGCCCAUCGAGCCUGCUCCCAUCGAGCCUGCGCCCAUCGAGCCUGCUCCCAUCGAGCCUGCGCCCACUGAGCCUGCGCCCACUGAGCCUGCGCCCACCGAGCCUGUUUCCACUGAAAUCACCGAAGCACCCAUUUCGGGCGCAAAGAUUGAAGACCCUGUCGUCGAGGAAUCGGCUCCGGAAAAGGCCGCCGAAGAGGAGCCUCCCGCUGAGACGGCCCCUGCCGAGGAAUUGAUUACGGAGCCAAAGGCCCUAGCUGAGAUUGCACCCGAUUUUGAAGUCCCUAUGACCGCAGCUCAAAAGAAGAAGGCUAAAAAGGACAAGAAGAAGCGCCAGUCUACGGGUCUUGAGGAGCCGAAGCCCGACCUAGUCAAAGAAGGGCAAGUCAUAGAAGACCCCGCCGAGGCUGUCCCUACUGAGCCUGUGAAAACGCCCGCAUUGACCGAAUACGUUAAGAGUCCUCUCCCUGUUGAGGAACCCGCUCCGGAAGGGCCUUCUAGGGAUAUUCCGGCCGUUGAAGAGCCUGCUGUUGAGUCCCAGACUCCAGCUGAGCCUGGCACUCCAGCGGAAGUAGAGACUCCUGUCGAGGCUGAGCCUGAAGCUCUGAUGACUGCUGCGCAAAAAAAGAAGGCUAAGAAGGACAAGAAGAAGAAUCGCAAGUCCGUUACCUUUGAGGAUGAAGCUCACCCUGAACGAGAAUCUUCUGCCCCAGCGGAGACUGUGGAAUCUCGGGAUCAAUCAACUGCCGAUGCCGUCCCUCCUAAAGAGUUGACUGAUGUAUCUGUCGAUGCUGAGCUGGCUCUUGAGGCACCCGCAGGCAAAGAGGUCACCAAGCUCGAUACCCCUAUUGUGGAAAUGAGUGAAGCUGCCCUGGCUACCGAGGAGCAUACUACUGCAAACACCUUAGUGGAGGAAAGGGUCAACGAGCCAGAGCCCGACUCACUAGUCCAGCCUGAAGCGAAGGCUGAGUCUGCGGAAGAGAUUUCUGCGAGUGCUGAGGCCACUGAAUCUAUGUCCGAUGCCUCUUUGUCUGCGAAGGAACGUCGCAAGCUGAAGAAGAAGGACAAGAAGAGAGGAAAGUCCGUGGACUUGACUGAAGAAAUUCCAUUACCUUCCACCGAGGAGCCCCUGGGGACACAGCAACCUGACAGUGAAGCUUUCGAAUCAAAGGAUACAGAAGUCUCUUCACCAAGUGACGAGAAUGUGGCGGUCAUUGAAGAGGACUGGUCGCUUAAGCUCGUUGAAACUGAAGAUCUCGGCAAGAUGGCGGGUGCAGUGGAAAGCGAUCCCGCUGAGACGGCCAAGGCUGCCGAGCCCGAGACAACUCCCGAACAUACAGACGAAACGCCCGCUACUGAGACUGCAGCUGAGCUCGAGCCGACGCCAUCGAAGGAAGAAGAGCCUGUGGCCGAUGAUGGCCUAUCAGCUAAAGAGCGCCGCAAGUUGAAGAAGAAGCAGAAGCGCCAAUCCAAGAAUAUCGAUGCUGACGACAAAGCCGCCGAAGCCGAAGCGGCACAAGACUCGCCUGUGCCCGAGACUGCCCCCGUCGAAUCUUGGCCCGCCGCCAACGAAGUCGAGAAUUCGUCCCCAGAAUCGGACACACGGGAAAUCAUUGAACCCGUAACGGCACCCUCGCCUGCGGAGAAUGACGGUAAAGAACUUCAGUCCCACGACACAGAAACGCCCGACACACCGGCCCAAAAAGUAGCUUCGACUGAUGAGUUCUUGUCUUCGCAGGUAGAGCAGCCGCAGGUAGAGAAUCGUUCUUCAGAUUAUCCUCCCCAAUCCGUGCUUGAGCGUUCAAUUGAUUUUGGCGAUACGACGAGUGGCGAUGCGCAAGAAGGAGAGAAUUUGACUACGCCUGUUCCCGAAGAGGAUGUUUCGAUCGUGAAGGAGACCCCAAUCGGCCAUGUUGAAGGUAAUGUUGAGACUUUGGAGGAAGGCAUUUCGAAGGAUACGACUACGGAGGAAGCAAAAAUGGAAGGACUUAGUAUUAUGAAUACGGAAGAGUCAGUGUCUAAGGAAGUGGAAGUUGUCCAGAAGGGGCCAGAUGAAGAGUCCUACCCUGAGAUAAUAGCGGAUGCCCCUGCAUCUAUUGACCGUGAGACCACUGCGGGAGACGUUUCCGAUUCGUCCGUGCCCAAGAAACAGAAGAAAAAGGACAAAAAAAGGAAGCAGAAGCAACAACAAGAGGAGGAAACCAAAACUCAGGAAGAAUCACCGGUCCCUGGGGAAGUGCCAGCAACGACGGAGACUAAGGAGAUCGAGAUCACGGAAGUUCCCGAACCUCCAGUCGAGCCGAAUCAGGAGCCUGAGAUCGCGCCUACUGACGAAGUUUCAUCAGAGAGAGCCGAAGAAGUCAUCCCUUCUGCACCUCUGUCUUCCGAAGAGAUCGAUUUCUCUAAGGAAGAAAUCAUAUCCACUGGGGAUGAGCUUGCUGCCGAGACCGAACAACUCGAAGCCCCCUUUGAGAGAAGACUGAGCAAGAAGGAGAAGAAGAAGCAGCAGCAACGCGAAGCCCUAUUGGCGCAACAAGCCGCCGAGGAUUUGCCCGAGACCCAGUCGGCGCCUGAGCCCACCGAUACCUCUAAAUUUGUUCCACAAUUGGCAGAGGAGGUGAUUACGCCAGCAGAGAAAUCUCAUGAUGUCUCGGACGAGGCAGCAGUCCUGACUACGGAUCACGUUGACGACUUGCCGCAGAAUAUCUCAAAUGUGGUUGAGGAAGGACAGCCAGCUGCCAUUCAAGAAGCAGAGCAGGCUGAGCUUCCAGUUGAACCUGCGGCUGAAGAGACGGCAGAUGCUCUGGUUUCUAUGGAAGGACCCCUUGCCGAAUCUCCUGUUGACCGUUCGGAGGAAUUUCCCAACAUCUCUAAGAAGAUGAGCAAGAAAGAGAAGAAGAAGGCUGCCGCUGCCGCCGCCGCCGCAGCUGCAACUGAAGCAGAGACGCCUGUCGAAUCGAAGCUCGGGCUCGAUGAGACGUCAACUAGCGAGCCAGUUCUCGAGUCAACCAAGGAAGAGGCCCUCGCUGAUGCGUCCCAGCAUGUUGGCUCUGAUUCCAGCAACCUUCUUAAAGGGCAGCUGGCUGUCGAAGAAACUGAACCAGCUUCGGUGGCUACUGAAGAGACCGCUGCUGACUCCAUACCCGAGCUCCAGGAGGAGUGGCAUACCGCGUCCAAAAAGAUGAGCAAGAAAGAGAAGAAAAAGACCGCCGCCGCUGCUACUGCUGCUGCUGCUGCCGGAGCUGCAACAAAGCAACAGAAGCCUUCAGAUUUUAAGCACACAGACAGUGUUGCUCCCGCUGAGGAAUUUGGCAUAGAAGGGCCAAAGCAACUUGUGCCAGAGCUUGAGUCUCGACUGCAGAAUGAACCGGUGGAAGCUUCCAGGAGAGUUGAGCCUAAGGCUGGCGAAGUAACAUUCGCUCCUGGGCCCGAACAGUCUACCCAGGGAGCAGAGAUAUCUCAGCCAGAACAGGUCAAGGAGGAAGCCACAGUGACCUUUGGCCAGUUCGAUAUGCUACUGCCCACUGAGCAGCCAAAGCAAAGUCCCGAAGACUUCUUUGAUGGAAAUUUCUCCGCUGAAAAGCUACAAGAACAAAAUGGAGAGAUUGAAGCCAAGCUCCAAAGCCAGGUACUCGAAAAGGAGGCAGAUCUCGAGGUUUCUGGUGAUUCUGUUGAAGGCCGAACCCAGGGGUCGGAGGAGACUACGCCUGUUUCCAAGAAAUUGUCGAAGAAGGAAAAGCGCAAAGCGAAGAAGCAGGGUGCCGAAACUCCUUUAGAGCAUCAAGAGGAGCUGGCUCAGGAGCUUAUCUCCGACAAUUCGAAGGAAGUGGUAGAAUCAACGACAGCUCCUCAUCCUCAGUUGAAGACAAUCGCUGAACCAGAAGCCUCUUUCGUGGCACAGCCCGAGCCUAAGAUUGAAAACUCCAAGGAACACGACCUUGCACCCAUUGAGCCUCAGCCUGCCAUCCAACAGUCUGCUGAGGUGGAUUUCAUUGCGCCUGAACCUGUUGCUGAGCAGCCGGAGACAGCUCUUUCUCGCAAGACUUCGAAGAAGAAGGCCAAGAAGGCCAAGAAGGCUGCUCUUGCGUUGGAUGGGCCAGCAUCCGACAACGCUCCCAUCGAGCCUGACUCGUUUGCUCCCUUUGAGCCGGAAAUAAGUGUCAAAGAGUCAAAGGCUGAAAUUCCUGAAUCAAUCGCGCGAGAGCUCAAGCAAGACGAGGAGGAGUUCCCUACGAUUGAAUGGGAGCACGGCAAAUCGGACAAAGCAGAGGCUGUUCAUGAGCAUUUCUCCGAGCCCGAGCCCGUUGCUUCUGUGCCUGACACAGAUAUCAUCGGGGAAUUUGACGAGUCUGCUAUUCCCGAGGCUUUGCAAGAAGCUAAGAAGGAAGCAGAGGCGCCUGUUGAGGAUGCUUCGUCUAUGCCACUGAGCACGGAAGACAAGAAGCAGACCAAGAAGACCAAGAGAAAAUCAGAGCAAGCCACUCUCGUCGAGGAGAUCUCCGAAGAACCUCCUCACAAGAUGGUCGAGCUAGCGUCAGAUACCAAGCCAGAGCCCAUGGAAGAGCCAACUUUCAGGGAGAUCGAGACUGAGCCACCUGCCAGAACGACCACUCCCGGGGGCUCCAAGAUCGCGAACUUAUUUCCUGGUUUGGAGAGGGCUGGCUUCAGGCAUUCAGUCAUGAAGAAAGACGCCCCGUCGGUAAAAGAUAGUGCUGAGGAAGAGACCGCAGCGGACCUGGAAGCGAAUCGCGAUAUCGCGAUCCCCGUCUUGGAGGCACUACCCCUAGCGACCACUGAAGCCAGAGACAUCACGGAGACCAGCUCAGAGCUGCCCACGGAGAGGGAGUACAUGUCUACAAUUACCGACAAAGAAGUACUGGUCGGGAAUGUUCCCCAAGAACAAUCCACAGAGUCAGAUAUCCCGGUAGUCGGUGAGCGCUCUAUUGCUGAUGAAUUUCCGUCGAUUGCCCACCCUGGUUCACAGGAGCGAUCAGCUAUGCUCUUUGGGUCGUCUCCAUCCGCUCCCACCAAAGAAGAGACAUCUAUCCCGCGACACCCCCACCUCCUACCCUCUCAGAUGGAGGUUGCUCCUGCUACUUCCACUGGACUACGUCGAUCGCCAUCUGUGAUUCAUGGGAAGCAUCAAAACACUCCGCGGACCUGGAAUCUGGAUGAUCAGCCUGUGGAAGCUGUGAGCAACUCAUCUCCGCCGCGAUCGCUCUUCGGGCCAUUUGAGCACGAUCGGCCCCGGACUCCACUCGACACGAUUGCGGAGCAUCAACCAGGGGACGGCCCUAAGGCGACCACGGCUCGAUCCGGCACGCCCCGUCUAGAGAUCAAACCGGAGCACGUUUUGCCGCGACCUGUGACUCCGGUGCGCAAAUUCACCGAUAAUGCACUGGAGCGCAGGAUGUGGCCCACCCCGGAGAACAAGAGUGGCAAUGGUAGCACCAGUCAAGAUACUCUGUCGAAAAGAUCAAAAUCCCCGCUACAAACCCCCGAGCUGGGGGCGCCAGUGCUGAGACCCAGCGAUAGCAAGGGUAAGCUGCGUCGCACGAAUCGCAGCACUAGCAGCGAUCUGCGGGCGGCAAGUCGCGCACUAGACUCUCCCCAGCCUCCUUCCGAUCUCGAUCAGCUUCCCUCUUCCUCCUCUUACGAUCCCGUCACCGACAAGGGCAAACGUCCUUUGCGAAAUAUGUCGGACGUCUAUGUAAGUUAA